AUGUGUGUCUCAUUAGUUCACCCUACAACGCAUGAAGAAAUAAUAAAUUCCAAUCAUAAUACAUUGUCAGGACAGUCAUCUUCGUCCAUGUAUAAGCUCAAAGAUAUAAAUAAUCAUGACGGCGGGUUUUUUGUAUUUGGCGAUGUCUCUGUCAAAUUGGAAGGACAGUUUAGAUUGAAAUUUUCCAUGUUUGAAAUAUCUAAAUUAGGUGCAACUAAUCUGAAAUCUAUUUAUUCCAACCCAUUUCAAGUGUAUCCUUCAAAAUCAUUUCCUGGCAUGCUUGAGUCCACUUUUCUAUCUCGUUCAUUUUCAGACCAAGGUGUCCGAAUUCGAAUCAGAAAGGAACAUCGAGUUCAAAUGUAA